AUGGACCUAGCCCGUAUAUUCCAGGGAAAUUUCUCCGUGUUCCAGCUGGAGCCGGGAACCAUCAACCUGAGCGACGGCACUCUCGUCGAUAAUACGUAUCCGUCGCUGUACUUCACCAACGCCUCCGACUGGACCGCUCUGAACGAGUAUCUGUCAUCGUACCAGGCGACCAUCAUAUCCACCGUUCUGCCACUGACAAGAGACGAUUUUCACGACUCGGUGAUUGCUAUCAGUUUCGUGCUCUGCACCGUGACCGUGGGGUUCUGGCUUCUCUUUCUGAUCCAGUCGAUAGCCACAGAAAAACGACCUCUGCAUCUGCAACUGAUCACUACGCUCCUUGCCGUCUUUUCGACGGUCGUCUUUGUGCGCUUUACAACCUUGAUGAAGGAAGAGUUCGACGGCUGUUUCCAGGACCGAAGACUGGUCAUCGACAGGCUCUUCAACAAGCUCUACUACACGAACCGCCAAGAGCGGCAACAAGAUGUACAGGUGUCUGGUGGCCGCCAACGUUGUGAACGCGCUGUUCAUGGUGCUGGUGGUGGUAUUCAUCUCGCUGCACUAUUUUUUAACGACAAAAAGCAACUACUACGUGCGCUACUGGGUGAAUGUGACGGUGCUCGUGUUCACGUCGCUCGUGUGUGUGUACAUUUGGGUGCUGGUGAUGUUGUUCUGGCUGCUCCGCGUGGACAGACGGUUCAAGUUCCAAAAUCUGGGGCUUCUGGUGACCACCUUUUUCUGCUACUUCUUCAAUACAGGGAUGCAGGUGAUGGGGUCGGCGCUGGUGGCACGCGACCCAAAGUGGAUGGUCCAGGUGAACCUAUUUUUCGAGAUUUUGUCCAUCCAUCUGCUCGUGGAUUUCGUAAGCGGGCUGGAGAAGUACAACCACAAGACGGAGUCGCAUAA